CUCGUUCGUAGCGUCUCGUAUAAACUGCACCGUGUACCGCUUGGAGACCUUCAAAAAGUGAAGCCCUAUGUUUCCCAGUAGAAUCCAAUCGUUUCCCUUUGUUACAAUUUUGCCCAACGCACACCAUCGCAUUGUUUCUGCUGUGUCUGCUGUCUUGGUUGUGUGUGUCAAGCAUCCUCUUUUAGAGAUCAUUAUCUCGGAAUCCAUUAUCUGGCUGUUCCUUUUACCUGUUUCUUUUUCUUGCUACCCAUCCAUCCACCAAAAAAGAAGAUGUCUUUCUCACCACAAUUGUUGGCUGCCAUGGCCAUGAGGAAGACGGCCACCGCCGAAGAUAAAUCCGUUGUUGCCUCUACUGCAAAAACGACAACAACUCCUGUCACUACUACUGCGGUCAGCAAACACCGUCAAGAACGAGAGGCUCAAAAGGUUCGAGAAAUGACAAUCCUCCCCAAGGACUUUGAACCCUCGGAUACCGAUGUAGUGAUUGGUCGUGGAAAGCGAGCUCGCACUCACGGCGGCAAUCAGCGGUUGCGAGGAUUGAUUGAAUUCAUGAUCCCCGAGUACUCGGCGGCGGGUAGCAACAAGGACGAAAAGUCGUACAUUAUCAAGGAGAUUGUCACGCAAAUCCGCAAGAGCAGCCCGGAUGGGGGCUUUGUCAAGUUUGACAAGUCCAAGAACCGAUGGUAUGAAGUGGGAGACUUUCUUGCCCGAGAAAAGAUCUCUCAAACAUUCCGUGACGCCAUGGGAGACUCUUACUCUUCCAGCAACCCUUACAAGAGAAAGCGCCGCUCUUUUGAGAAGAAGCACAACGCCAUCUUGGAUAUUAUCAAGCGCCGCCGUGGAUCCUCCCCCACGUCGGUCCUCCAAUCCGGGGCGUCCAGUCCUUCUUCUCCCAACACGCCAGAACCAGCUCUGGUAGCAGCUGCCGAAGCAGCCAACCAAACCAUCCCCAAGAGACCCUCUGUCGUGGCAUCGACAACAGCAGGAGCAUCGCCCCCCAUUAGUCCUCCCCAGGCAGCUCCAGCCAUGUUGGAUAACAUGGCCAUGUUCAGCAAACGACCAGGUCCCGGUCAAAUUGGAUUUGCCCGUCGCUCUAUGCUUCACUUUGGAUUGCCGGCGGCUGGAGCUGCUCCCCCCACUGCUGUUGCUGCUCCCAUGUUUGCGCAUCACCAUCAACCCAACAUGGCGGCCUUCCGCAUGCGACCCAGUAUGCCUCCGAUUCAUCGCCCCGUGCCUCAUCACUUGGCACCGCUGGCUCCUCGCCGGUCGUCGCUUCCCAUCAAUCCUGCCUUGUUCACAUCGGCGGAUCUCUUGCAGCGACAAGCGGCAGCCGCCGCCUUGUUCCGACGACCAUCCCAAAUCUAAACUACUCUCUUUCUCGUUGGGAUCCACACGCACACAAAAGGCUGUGCACAAGCAAGCAUUGGCGGCUGAAUCCACAGAAAAUAAAAUGCCCUAGCUGUACAUUGCAGGGCAGGGGGACCCGUGUCGGUUCAGUUCACCCACAGUAGUUACAUGAACAACUGUAAACUUUUAUUCAUUUUCAAGUAUGCUCGGGGAUAACUUUAGGUUGUCCGACGCCCAGCUAGCGGUAGCUACUAGC